AUGUUUGAAGGGAUGGAGGGGAUGAGCUACGGCGGAGGUGCUGCUGGGGCUGGGGCUGGGGCGGCGGCGCUGUCGCGGGAUCCAAAGCAGCGGUUGCGGUGGACGCCGGACCUCCACGACCGCUUCGUGCACGCCGUCGCCAGGCUCGGCGGCCCCGACAAAGCGACGCCAAAGGGAGUGCUCAGGCUGAUGGCCAUGAAAGGCCUCACUCUGUACCACCUGAAAAGCCACCUUCAGAAAUACAGGCUGGGAAAGCACACCAAGAAAUCCACAGACCUGGAAUUAGCCAACAAUGGAGAGUUUACCUCGCAAGACAUCAGCUUCCAAAUCGGUGCGCCUCUGGUUGUUCCUGCUGGACGCGACACCGCAAGAGAAAUGCCGCUUGAGGAUACCCUCAGGUAUCAAAUUCAGGUCCAAAGAGAACUGUGCGAACAACUUGAGGUGCAGAAGAAGCUACAGAUGCGAAUAGAGGCCCAAGGGAGGUAUUUAAAGGAAAUACUAGAGAAAGCUCAGGAAAACAUUUCCUUUGAUGCAAAUGGAUCUGCUGGCCUAGAAAAUACCAGAUCACAGCUCACGGAUUUCAACCUAGCUCUUCCGGGUCUCACGAAGAAUGGAAGACAGGUGUAUGAAGAAAGCGGUGAACAGUUGGUGAAAGAUAUGUCUGAUGACAAUCUUCAUGAUAAUAACUUGGAUUUUCAGCUCUACCGUGUACGAAGUCAGGAGGCUAAGAGUGUCAAAUGCACCCCGAAAACUGAGGACCUGCUCUUAUUAGACUUGAAUAUAAAAGGAGGAUAUGACCUGUCUUCGAGAGGAAUGCAAGGUGCUUAG